AUGUUCCAUGGAUUGCCAAGUGAAGACCCCAUUGACCACCUUGAUGAGUUUGAUAGGCUAUGUGAUUUGACAAAGAUCAAUGGUGUCUCUGAAGAUGCCAUCAAGCUGAGACUCUUUCCUAUGUCUCUAGCUGACAAAGCUCACCAAUGGGAGAAGAGCUUGCCCCAUGGCACAAUCACUACUUGGGAUGAAUGCAAGAAGGCCUUUCUUGCUAAGUUUUUCUCCACCGGUCGCACAGCCAAGCUUAGAGGAGAGAUAUCCAGCUUCAUCAGCGAAACAAUGAGACAUUUGCAGAGGCUUGGGAGAGAUUCAAAGGCUCAAUCCACAAUGAAGAAGGCCAACUUUGUUUCUAAAGAAGAGAUGGUUCAAGGCCAAGAAGAGGAGGAGAAUCAGUUUGCUGAAGUGUGCUACACUAAGAAUGGACAAGGAGGUUAUCAAAACGGUUACUAUGGCUACAAGUCACACCCUACCAUGUCCUACAGUAACACUGAUGUUGCCAAUCCUCAAGAUCAAGUCUACCCUCCGCAACAAUAG